UCUCAGCCGCAAGGGAAUACGAGCCGCGCUUGCAUGGUUGGCGUCUUCAAACACACAAUGGCUGCCGCGGUGCCUCGGCUCAAUCGAAGGCGGAGGCGCUGCUACUCGCAUACUCGAUAACGCUAGCUGCCGCGGCCAAAGGCGAGUCUGUUCAUGCGCAUAGCAUUCCAUUUCGGGCGCAAGACUAGACUUGAACGCAACAUGACACCUUCUGCGUCCGACCCUUUCGCUGGCGGAUUGCGUUCAGCCCCAAGUGCCAGGCUAGAAGCCCGUUGAGUCUCUUGAGACAAGGCAAAAGUUCAAGACGUUGCCAUGGCCAGCAUACCUGUGUCAAUCGCUGUUCCUGCCGCCGCAGCAGGCUUGGCUUACCUCAAUGCACGAUUUGGAGUCGCCAGUGACCUCUCCACUGUCCCUCUCCUGCUUAGCUACAGAAGACUGCUGGAAAGGCUAGCGAAGCAAGAUCGCGUCAACAUCUUCUACAGGUUCGAGGAACUCGCUAAAGACCCAAAGACUGCGGCGAAGGUGUUCCUGGUUGUUCCCAAAGAAGAGGCCAACUCAAGGCAACGGACGCAGUGGACCUAUGCGGAAGCGUACGAAACUGUACUGAAAUAUGCACGAUGGCUGAAGGAUGAGCAUGGCAUUCAGAAGAACGAGAUAGUGGCGAUCGACUUCACAAACCAGCCGCAGUUCAUCUGGGUAUGGUUUGCUCUGUGGUCCUUGGGCGCAAAGCCGGCGUUCAUCAAUAGCAAUCUGCGCGGUAACGCUUUCGUGCAUUGCGUGCGCAUCUCAACAGCCCGGCUGCUUGUUGUGGAUGCUUCAAUACGCGAAGUGAUGAACGACGAUACUCACGCUGAGCUGAGUCCAGACGGCAGAGGUAGGGGCGUACAGGCGCACAUUCUUGACGACACCGAAGAAGAGCGCAUUCUAGCUGGUCCGAUUUACCGUGCACCAGAUGAAGCGCGUUCUGGUGAACUCCCCAAGCAUGGCGGCCUCUUGAUCUAUACGUCCGGAACCACCGGGCUACCCAAGGCCGCCAAUGUCGGCUGGGCAAGGGCUUUGGGGGGCAUGUAUGUCUUCCCAAAGCUACUGAGACUCACUGCCGACGAUCGUUACUUUACCGCUAUGCCACUGUACCACUCUUCUGCAGCAUUGCUUGGUGUAUGUCAGGUUCUAGGAGCCGGCUGUACUCUCAUCGUAGCGCCGAAGUUCUCCCCCCGCACGUACAUGAAGAUGGUUGUUGAGACGAAGGCGACAAUCAUCCAGUAUAUCGGGGAAGCAUGCCGUUAUCUGGUGUCAAGUCCGCCUACACCGUAUGAUAAAGCACACACAGUCCGAUUGGCGUUUGGCAACGGCAUGAGACCAGAUGUAUGGCAAAAGUUCAAAGAUCGCUUCAAUAUCCCAGAUGUCUGCGAGUUUUACGGUGCAACCGAAGCCCCCGGAUCCUCCAUUGUCUACGAGCGGAAUGGCUUCCUACGGGGCAGCAUAGGGCGAACCGGUGCUUUGUUCGAAGCGCUGUUCGGCAGCAACGCUGUACUGGUCAAGCACGACCACAACACCGACAUGCCGUAUCGAGACCCUAAGACCGGCUUUUGCGUCAAGUGCAAACGGGACGAAGUCGGCGAGCUCCUCAACCUUCUGGAUGCAGCAGCUGUCGAGGAGAAGUACCAAGGGUACCUGGGCAACGAGAAGGCGACGGAAUCGAAAGUAUUACGGAAUGUGUUCAAGAAGGGAGAUGCUUAUUACCGUGCUGGCGAUCUGCAAAGGCACGACAAGGAUGGGCGUUGGUGGUUCGUCGAUCGUGUGGGAGAUACGUUUAGAUGGAAGUCGGAGAAUGUGAGUACGGCGGAAGUCUCAGAAGCACUUGGGUCGCACCCUGCGAUACGAGAAGCAAAUGUGUAUGGAGUACAACUACCGAACCAUGACGGAAGAGCAGGUUGUGCGGCCGUUGGGUUCGCGAGUGGGAAGGCGCUCGAUGCUGGGCUGAGAAGGGAGCUGGCAAGCCAUGUGAGAAACCGAUUGCCCCGGUACGCUGUACCGAUCUUUUUGCGGGUAAUGGGCGACGAGCUGGAAGUGACAGGCACGCUGAAGCAUCAGAAAGUGGCGCUAAGGAAUCAGGGUGUGGAUCCCAGCAAGGUGGAAGGUGAUGAGCUGUUCUGGCUGCCACCAGGUGCUGAGAGCUACGAGCCUUUUGGAAAACAAGAGUGGGACAGAAUAGUGACUGGUAGUGCCAAGCUGUAACCGUAAUGUAAUCAAUAUCAUUUUCUCGAUGU